CAAAGUGUUUCCGGUUUCGAAUUUGGAUUUUUGUUUUAACUGCUCUUAAAUAAAAUUAUCAAAUCGGAGAAUGGAAUGGUUGACAGGAAAGUCUAAAUCUGACCAGCGUAAUAAAAAUACAACUCCGUUACAAGCUCAAAGGAAUAGACAAAUUGAACAAUUAAAGAAAGUUAAUCCAAAUGUUUAUGAAGUUCAGCGGGGAGUGGACUAUCGAUUAAAUUUAGUCGUUUCUGGAAUAGAUAUUUUACUCUUUAUUCAUUUACCUCCCUACUUUCCUCAAGAUAAACCAUCAAUUACAGUUAGUCCUAGUAUUCAACAUCCUUGGGUCAAUGAAGAUAAUGUUAUUUCGGGUUGUCCUGAAUUGAAUGAUUUUGUAAUACACUCUGAUUUAGGGAAAAUCAUAAAAGACAUAUUAGACAAUUUGAAGAGGAAUGGCCGAGUACCUCUUCCGACACAAUCAAACUACCCUAAAAAUUCAACUCCUAUGACCAGUGAAGUUAACAAUUACUCUUACGCAAAUGCAAUGAGUACCACAACUUCUAGUGAUAUUAUGCCUUAUCCACAGUAUUCAAUGAUACCUAUAACUUCACAAACAGUUGUUUCGAGCUCCACACGUCCUGCUCAAAUAUACAGUUCAAACGGAUUAUUCAAUUCGCCUAAUUAUGUAAACGAAUCGCAAUCAAACGAUGAGAAUAAGUAUAAAGAUCUUGUAAUCGACCAAGAAAAGUUGAUCGAAAUGGCAAUGAGUACAAACACUGGUCAGAAUAUUAUUCAACAGAAACAGAAACUCUUUGAAAGCAACAAACAAUUAGCGGAAACUAACUUAAAUUUAAAAAGUGAUUUAGAAAAAUCGAGAGAAAAGCUGUUAGACGAAGUAAGCUUAAUUUUUUAA